AUGAACAUAAAGUUGUACCCCCUGGCCUCCCAGGCCAAAAGCACGGGCUUGCGCUCGUGGCUGAAGAAACAACCCUGGGGAACUCAUGCAAAGCUGGCGACCGCUCAAUUCGACACGCUCGCCGAAGACCUCGACGCUGAAACCGAGAGGGUUGUUGAUGAGUUGCACGCACAGGCAAAGGAGAAUUUGUGA